CCACCCUCUUCUCCUCUCUCCUUCCAUCUUUCUCCUCCCCCCCAUUGAGUUGAGUCAUUUCCAUCAAUGGCUUCGAUUUACAGUUGUGCAGAGUGCGGUGCGAACUUAAAUCUGAGAACCAACCUUCUAUUCCCUCCGGAUUUCUACUUCGAGGCAGGGAACAAGGGGACUCUCUCCUUCUCCUCGGUUGAUGAGACCAAGUUUAGAUUCGAAAAAGAAGACAAAUUUAGGCCUUUUUUUGAGACGGUGAAUUACUGGGGAAUUCAAAGGAAGAGAACCAAGAUCAAGUGCAACAGCUGUGGGCGUCUUGUCGGCUAUAUCUACGACGAUGGUCCUUCCCUUACUGACAGUCCUGGUCAGUUUCAUAUGGGUCCGAGUCAGGUGAUCCCCAGAGCUCCGAGGUAUAGAUUCAAGACCAAGGCUCUCAAGAUUACAUCGGAAACGUAGGUUUUCUCCUUGGAUUUUGUUAUUUGACUAAAUGGGUUUCUUGUAAUUCUACGGGCUUUGUUUAGGAUUUUGCGGUCGACGGGGCGAAACCCUUAAUUGGUACUGUGGUGGUUUUAGUUGACAGAGUGGGUUAAUGGGUUUCUUGAUUGAACUCGGUUUUCCUUAUUGGUGCAAAUAAAUUGGCUCCUGGUUUAUGUUUUAUAAUGUACAUUUGAUUUGGAAUGUUUAUAUUAGUUUUGAGAUCUUCCUUUGUAUGUCUUUGUAGAUAGAGGCGUGAGAGGGUUGUAUUCAUAAUUGAUUUGUUUCUUAAUCUUGAGUAUUGAGCUAUGAAGUCACAGAUUCUGGUGCUUAUGAACUAAACUGACUGUGAACUUGGUAAAGAUGUGUGAAACAGAAUUCUUUGUAAUGGAGAUUUGGAUUUUAGUAAAUUUUAGAUGUUCUCUGUUUUCUUUGGAAAACUUGGGCUUU